AAAUACCUUGUAACUUUUGUAUUGGUUGCUAGUACCUCUCUUGUUGUGUGUGAUGCAGCCUGUUUUCUCCAGAAAGCUGAACAGUUUGAAGAGCCACUAAAGGGAUGUCUCUAUAAGGGAAGACUAUAUCCACCUGGCAAAACAUGGAGGACGAGGAGCUGUUUGAACUGUAAUUGCAAAACAGACGGGAUAAUGGAGUGCUGUCACGCUUAUGGGAGACCAUUCAGCCAUGACAAAAACUGCAAAUUCAAAUUUGAUCGGAAGGCCUGUAAAUUCGUCCUAAUACCAAAUGAGGAUCCAAAAAAGCAGUGCAUUGGAUAUGGCAUGAAGGGCUAA